AUUGACCGCACGAAUUAUCUCCCCUGAUAAAUACUCUUCAAAUCUACAGCCGCCAUUAAGGAAGUGAAACAAAGGAAAAUCGUAAACGAUAACGGGAAUCUCGAAAAAAUGCCGUAUAAACGUGGUGGUGGAAGGCAAUGUGUUGUUGUUAACUGUACUAACAAUCAAAAGAAUUUGUAUGACUGGGAAAAUGGACCGUGUGAAGUGCACAAAGGUUUAAUUGCCAAGGAUUGUCCGUGUCUAGUUCCAUUCAAAUUCCAUUGCAUUCCGGCCGAAGGGGAAAAUCGUCUUCAGUGGUUGAAAUCAAUCAACAGGAAAUAUUUCAAUCCGCAUGCCAAAUCAGUGGUCUGUUCCAAGCAUUUUAUCGAUGGCCGCCCCACUAAGCAGAACCCGGUUCCUGUUCUUGAGCUGGGAUAUCAGCCAAUUACCCCCAAGACCCCUGGUCGAAGACCCUUGAUACGACAACCAUUAGAAGAGAGGGAAAAUGUCUACCCCAAGGAACAACAGCCGGAACUGGACAUUUAGUCAGAAACGCCUCUUAAGCCAGCCGUGACCGAUGAAGAUACUUUACCCUGUAAAA